AUGGCAGCAGCCGAAGCACGGACUGGAUGGCAGCAUAGAGCGAAUUGUUGUUUUGCCCAAGACAAUGUGAGGAGUGCUCAAAGAUUUGCGCGUCACCCGUCAUCGUCUUCCUCAACAGAAUCUGAUAGUGCUCCUGAGAAUGCUUCGUAUGGGAUUGAUCACCUUAUCCCAGAUUGCAUGCCUUAUAACUCAAAUCCGGAGCUAACACCCAGCACUAGGUGGUGGUUGAACCUGGAACCUAACUUUGGGCCUCAGAAGGAAUUUAUCUAUGAUCAGCAAAAGAGCCUGGACGCUGAACUUGAAGUUUUGAAUUCUGGAUAUAUUAAUAAAACUGCCAUCAUAAGUGAUUAUUAUCAGUGCAAGGAGGUAUUUAGUACUCAGAGUGAUAGUGAGAAGGGUGUCAACAGUUUUGUGGAGAAACCAUGCAAGGUUUCAGUCACUUCUCCGAGAAAUGACCCGAGUAAGAGAAUGCAAGAACUCAAGGCUGGAAUUGGUGAUGGUCUGCAGCUGCCUAAGAAAAGGGACACAGGGGAGUUUUGGUACUCCGAUGAUGAUUUCAUGAACUUGGAUUCUUUCAGUAGCUUGGAUUCUGAACAAAACAAAAAGCUGUCUCCCGAUUUGGAUUCCCAAUGGGUGGGAAGUGAGAAGUCUGAACCCUGGUGGCGCUCUGCUGGUAAAGAUGAGUUGGCUUCCUUGGUUGCUCAGAAAUCACUUGAAAAUGUUGAGAAUUGUGAUCUUCCACGGCCCCAGAUUAAGCAUAGUAGGAUGGGUCCUAUCGCUUCUACAAAGUUUCCUGACCCUAAUUUGUCCUUAGAUCAGAUGACUGAACUGGGAUUGUCCAAUGUCACCACUUAUACUCAGGGAAGCUUUACUUCAGGUCACUCAAUCUAUGAUUCAGACAGUCCACUAAGCCACAACAAUGAUCAUACUGCAACCAACCAAGAUGAGCGAGACGAUGAACGAAGUAAAGCUCAGCUGCUGGAAGCUUUGUGUCAUUCUCAAACACGAGCUAGGAAAGCUGAGAAAGCUGCACAGCAGGCCUAUACAGAGAAGGAGCACAUCAUCAGUCUCUUUUUCAAACAGGCAUCACAGCUGUUUGCCUACAAGCAGUGGCUCCAUUUGCUGCAAAUCGAGAACUUUUGCCUGCAGCUUAAUAAAAAAGAUGGCUUACCAUGGUCCCCAUACAAAGGCAGGCCCAUGAAGAAGAAGGCUCACCGCAGGGCUGGAAAGAGGAGCGGCAGCAGGCCAAGGUAUGAGAUCAGCAAGGGUGCUGUUGCUUUUGCAGUAGGAUUAGGUCUUGCCGGUGCAGGCUUGCUCCUCGGAUGGACUAUGGGGUGGUUGUUUCCAACUGCUUAA